AUGAAAAGUUUAAAUUACCGAUUUCCUCAUUCAAGACAAGACUCAGGAUAAAUGAAUGUAGUUCGAUCAUAAUUACCUUAAGGUUAAUAAGUGAUUAAUGUGUUAAAUAAGUAAAAUACUUAAGUAAAUCAAAAGCCGCUAAAAUGAGUAAAAUUGUGAAAGAUCACCUGCUCCAAUAAUGCAUGGCUUAUAAAAAUUAGUAGUGCCAUCUAGUUAAUAAUCAUCAGCGAAUCAUUCUAAGAAGUCUUCGAUUUCAAAAUAAUAAUAGCCAAAAUAAAUUUCAUUUCUUAACUACUUGAUUCUUAAAGAUAAAUCAUAGAUAAUUUAAGAUGAAGAAAAAGAAAGUUAAACUUUAUAUAAUAUAUUUAGAUAUAAAUGAACCAAUAGUAUAAAAGAAUAUGUUUAAUUUUUAAUUUGUUAUUGGAAUUGGUGGAUUUGGUAAAGUUUGGAAAGUGGAAUAUAAAAAAACUGGUUAGAUAUAUGCAAUGAAAGAAAUGUCAAAAGCUUUGUAUUUGAUUGGUUGUAUUUUAGAAUAAUAGCAAAAAAGAGUGUGAAUUCAGUUAUGAAUGAAAAAAACAUUCUGAGUAAUUUAAAGCAUCCGUAUAUAUAUAUUAUCAAAUAUAGAUUUUUAGUUAAUAUAUAUUAUGCAUUUUAAGACAGAGAGAAUUUAUUUAUAGUCUUAGAUUAUAUGUAAGGUGGAGAUUUAAGAUAUCAUAUAGGUAAAAUGAGAAGAUUUUCGGAGGAUUAAACAAGUAUUUAAUUUAAAUUGAAAUUAAAGGGUUUUUUAUGGCUUGCAUCUUUUUAGGAUUAGAAUAUAUGCAUUCUAAAAAUAGUCUUCAUAGAGAUAUAAAACCAGAAAAUUUAGUGCUGGAUAAAAAUGGUAUUAAAAUACAAGAUAUUUUAGGUUAUGUCAGAAUAACAGAUCUUGGGAUUGCUAGAAAUUUAAGACCUGAUAAUUCAUAAGAUACUUCAGGAACACCUGGAUAUAUGGGUAUUAUUUUUAAUUAUAAAUUAAUAGCACCUGAAGUUAUGUGUAGAUAAAAUCAUUCUUUUGCUGUUGAUUAUUUUGCUUUAGGAGUUAUUGGAUAUGAAUUUAUGUUAGGAAAAGUAAUAAUUUGUAUUAUCUUAAAUUUAGAGACCAUAUACUGGUAGAACUAGAAAAGAAAUUAGAGAUUAAAUUCUAGCUAAAUAAGUAUAAAUUAAAAGAUCUGAAAUCCCAGAUAAUUGGUCUUUAGAAUCUGCAGAUUUUAUUAAUAGAGUAAUUUUUAUUAUUAAAUUAUUAUAAGUUAAUAUAAAGAAAACCUGCUAAUAGAUUAGGAUUUAAUGGUCCUCAUGAACUAAGAUAGCAUUCUUGGUUUAAAAAUUUUCCAUGGUAAAAAUUAAUGAAUAAAGAAUUGAAAUCUCCUUAUAUACCUAAUGUAUUAAAUCUAUAUAUUUAGUAAAAUGAGGAUAAUUUUGAUGCUAGAUAAAUAUCUAUUGAAGAUGAUGAAAAUAAUGAACUUAUCUAAUAACAUUCAAUUAUGUUAAGAAGAAAUUCGAUAUAAUGUAUAUAGAUAAUAAUCUUAAUUAGCUUAAUUUUCUGGAUAUGAAAUGGAUAAUUUUAGUGAAAAGUAAAAUACAUAGUUCAAUAAUUUUUGA